AUGUCGGAAUCACCCAAAGAGAGGAUACCCGAGGAAAAUGAUACCACAGAUGCGCCGCUCAGCAUGGCAGCAUCUGUCGUGCUGACCAAUCUACCGAAAGAUGCGUCUAAAGCUCUCGAGACAGCAGGGAAUCUGACUGUUCAAAAAGUAACCAUCCGGCUCCAACCCAUCGGCUCCGCGCCACACCUAACCCAACGCAUCUUCAAGCUGAGCACGAACCAGCAUUUCGCCACUAUUGUGCGUUUCCUGCGCAAGCGGCUGGGCGUCAAGGAGCAUGAAAGCGUAUUUUGCUAUGUCGGCAGUGUGUUUAGUCCCGGGCUGGAUGAGGGCGUGGGGAACCUUUGGAGCUGCUUUAAGCAGGGCGAGGAGUUGGUGGUGGGGUAUGCGCUUUCGCCGGCUUUUGGGUAG